UGGUUUGGUGCUCGCUUACUCGGCCCAUAGCCGUUGUUCUUUCGUACAUUAUGAAGCUCUUCUUGUUCUAUGGAGACUUUAUAUUCGUCGCGUAGCUCUUUCUCCCUUUCAACAGCUCAGUGCUCUAUACAAGCAAUAGCUUUCCGCCUAAGGUGACGUCCUCUUUCACUUGCUUAAAUAUGGAGGCUGCAGCAAUGAGGCAGAAUUCAACGUUAAUCUGUGUUCCUAUAAUGGGGGACUCCAUUGAUAAGAUGGCAAUUGAUAUGGAUAGAGCCAAAGCCAGUGGAGCUGAUCUUGUGGAGAUUAGGCUGGACUGUUUAAAGACAUUCAGUCCAAAUGAGGAUCUCAAGACUAUAAUGAAGGCUUCUCCUCUGCCGACACUAAUUACAUACAGACCAAAAUGGGAAGGGGGACAGUAUGAAGGUGAUGAAAACAAGAGACUGGAUGUUCUUCGGUUAGCUGUGGAGUUGGGUGCUGACUAUGUUGAUGUCGAGCUUCAGGUUGCUCGUGAGUUUAAUGAUUCCAUAAGUGGCAAGAAACCUCAGAAUUGCAAGGUCAUAGUUUCUUCUCACAAUUAUGAGUCCACUCCAUCUAUUGAGGAUCUUGGCAAUCUUGUUGCAAGAAUACAAGCUGCUGGCGCUGAUAUAGUGAAAAUUGCAACUACUGCCUUAGAUAUUACUGAUGUUGCACGAAUCUUUCAAACAAUUGUGCACUCCCAAUAUCAGGUUCCAAUUAUAGGACUAGUGAUGGGAGAAAGGGGUUUGAUUUCACGAGUUCUUUGUGCCAAAUAUGGUGGGUAUCUCACUUUUGGUACUCUUGACUCUGGAGUAGUCUCAGCUCCUGGCCAACCUACUGUCAAGGAUUUGUUGGAUUUAUACAACUUCAGGAGCAUAAGGCAUGACACUAAAGUGUUUGGCAUUAUUGGGAAGCCAGUCGGGCACAGCAAGUCGCCUUUUUUAUACAAUGAAGCCUUCAAAUCAGCUGGUUUUAAUGGGGUCUACUUGCACUUGUUGGUGGAUGGCGUAGCAAACUUUCUCCAGACUUACUCAUCCACUGAUUUUACUGGAUUCAGCUGUACCAUUCCCCACAAGGAGGAAGCAGUUAAAUGCUGUGAUGAGGUUGAUCCAGUUGCUAAGUCGAUUGGAGCUGUUAAUUGCAUAAUCAGGAGAGCAAGCGAUGGGAAGUUACUUGGGUACAACACCGACUAUGUUGGUGCAAUUUCUGCUAUUGAGGAUGGAUUGCAAGGUUCUCACGGUGCUAGCAACUCCACUUCUUCACCUUUAUAUAACAAGCUAUUUAUUGUGAUCGGUGCUGGUGGUGCUGGGAAGGCUCUUGCUUAUGGUGCGAAGGAAAAAGGAGCAAGAGUGGUUAUUGCAAAUCGAACUUUUGAGAGAGCAAAAGAACUUGCGGACACCAUUGGAGGAGAUGCACUAUCUCUUGCUGAUUUAGAGAAUUUCCACCCUGAGGAUGGCAUGAUUCUUGCAAAUACAACAUCUAUCGGAAUGCAACCGAAAGUUGAUGAAACACCUGUCCCCAAGCAAGCUCUGAAGCACUAUGCACUAGUCUUUGAUGCUGUUUACACCCCAAAAAUCACCCGACUUCUGAGGGAAGCUGAAGAAUGUGGGGCCACAACUGUAUCUGGGAUCGAGAUGUUCAUUGGACAGGCUUAUGGACAAUACGAGAGGUAUACUGGGUUGCCUGCACCAAAGGAACUCUUCAGGAAGCUUAUGUCAACAAAAUGAGGGAUCCGCUUGCUUCAUGUAAUUGUGAUAUCUUUACAUCUGUAUGUUUGAACUUAUCCUUUUCCCCUCGAGGGUCAUGUAACUUGUUAUUCGAGGAAAUCACAACACUCAUCUAUAUUGUUUUGAACUCAAUACUUUCAAAGCAAGCAAGGAAAGAUAAAAAUCCUGAUGGCUUGAUCUUGAGUUUCCUUGCUA